AUGUUAACAAUUUUCAAUCUGCUUGUCUUCACGACGAACGAAUUCAUUGUUAUCCGCUAUCCGCUUCAUUAUCGUCGAUAUGUUCGGCGGAGAACUGUGUUAGCGACCCUCGGCUGCUGCUGGAUCGUUAGCAUAAUUAUGGGUCUCGGACUACUUGUCCCGCCGUCUUCUCCUUAUCUGCAGACCUCCGACGAGAAACCAUGGCAUAUUGACAUCGCCACGCUGAGCAUGUUGAUGAUUUCCCUGCUGUGUUUUCUUGUCCUCGCCAUUGUCGUGGUACGUUGA